CCCCGCCCGGCUCCGCCCGGCUCCGCCCCGCCUCUCCUCUUCCACCGCCGCCGCGGCAGUCUCCUGAAGGCUGAAAGGAUGAGCUGAACUCCGCAGAUGUUACGGCCUCCACCUCUUAUUACAGUGUGUGGUGUCUACCUGAAGCACAUUUUACUUUAAAAGGAAAGAUGCUGUCUCCAAAUGAUAAGAAGUUAGAGAAACUGGAUCCAUUUUAUCAGCCGUCAAUGUCCAAGCAGAAGACAAGCGCAGAAAUCAUAAGUGAAGCACGAAAUACAUUAAGAACAGUGAGAACUCAAAGACCAUUUACACCACGGGAAGACCAAAGAAAACUAUUUGGACCUUCAUCUUCAAGAACAUCAGAAAAUAGACCUCCUUCCUCCUUCAGCCUCCAUGCGUCCAGUUUUGAAUCACCCGAUUCAAGGCCUAUCUCUGGCACACGUCUCAGUCCCCUAGAGCUUAAACCGAAAGCUCCAGCAUCUCCCGUCACAGAGGAGGAUCCCUGCCUUUCCUUUCCUAAACCCCCCGUGGACCCCGCGAAGAUUAGAAGAAUAAGCAGUGCCCCGGGCGCGCUUAUUCAGGGCGGCCUCCCAAGGGCACUUCUGCCGGACAGAACCCUUCCUCUCGCCGACAUUAGGAAAGUUGUUGAAACAAAAGAAACAGUUAUGAUGGGGGACUCUAUGGUGAAAAUAAAUGGGAUCGUUUUAGGAGAAUCAAAUGCCAUUGGCCACUUACAGAGUCACCCACUUCAAUUAACUUAUGAUGGCGGCUUCGGUGAAAUCAAGGAGCAAGAGUUCGAAGGGACAACAUCCUUACCAUCUCAUCUCAGAAGUGGAGGGGACCAGGGGAAGAGGGGUGCCCGCGCCUCACCAUGUCCCAGUAGCUCGGACCUGAGCCGGCUGGAAACCCAAGCAGUGUCAAAAGCUGACUUGCAAGAAAAGGAUACAGAACUUGAAGUAGAUGAAGUCUUUUGGAAUACAAGGAUCGUACCGAUUUUGCAUGAAUUAGAAAAGGGUAAAAAAAAAUCGCUUAAAGUGAGUAGAAAGAAUCUUCUCAAUAUCUGCAAACUUAUAUUCAAAAUUAGUCGGAGUGAGAAGAAUGAUUCUUUGAUUGAACAUGACAGCAUUCUGGAAUCAUUAUUGGAGGUGCUGAGAAGUGAAGACCUGCCAGCUAACACUGAAGCUUUUCUAUACUGUAUGGGGGCUAUAAAAUUCAUUUCUGGAAAUCCAGGAUUUCUUAAUGAAAUGAUCACCAAAGGUGCCGUGGAAAUACUGAUGACUUUGAUCAAGCAAAUCAACGAGAACACUAAGAAAUGUGGUGUGUGUUUGCCUAAUUCGGGCCACCUGUUAGUCCAGAUGACUGCUACAUUGAGAAACUUAGUUGACUCACCACUAGCAAAGAAGAAAGUUUCUGAGCAUCAGUGCCCUUCCUAGCUCUGUACAGUGAUGGAACAGUACGGUGCUGACAAGGAUGUCUGUACCAAUAUCGCCAGAAUAGUCAGCAAACUCACUUCUUACCACGACUGCUGUGUGGCCUUGGCCGACUAUUCCAGAUGCUAUGCCUUGUUUUUGAAACUGAUAAACAGAUACCAGAAGAAGCAGGAUUUAGUCAUUCGUAUUGUUUUUAUUCUUGGCAAUCUGACAGCGAAAAAUAACCGAGCUCGUGAGCAGUUUUCCAAGGAGAAAGGGAGCAUCCAGACUCUGUUGUCAUUAUUCCAUACAUUCUACGAACAGGAUCUGAAUUCAGUGACAUGGGUGGGUGAAAGAGACGAGCCCCCCAAGCCGCAGAGGCAGCCGUCCGAGGCGGAGGACGUGCUCAUCAAGCUGACCCGCGUGCUCGCCAACAUAGCCAUCCACCCGGGCAUCGGCCCGGCUCUGGCCGCCCACCCGCAAGUGGUGGACCUGCUUGUCACAAUGCUGGAAUACAAGUCAAUUGACGAUUGUGAGGAGCUGGUGAUCAAUGCUAUAGCAACAAUCAACAAUCUAUCUUACUACCAAGUGAAGAAUUCCGUAAUUCAAGAUAAAAAGCUAUGUAUUGCUAAAUUGCUCUUAAAAGUUCUCAUGAGUAACAACAUGGAUGGAAUCCUGGAAGCUGUACGUGUUUUUGGAAAUCUCUCCCAGUACCAUGAUAUCUGCGAUUUCAUUGUGCAGAAAAAUGUACACAAGUUCAUGAUAGCACUGCUGGAUGCCAAGCAUCAGGACAUUUGCUUUUCUGCCUGUGGUGUUCUCCUAAAUCUCACCGUGGAUAAAGACAAAUGUGCCAUCCUAAAAGACGGAGGCGGCAUUAAAAAGUUAGUAGACUGUUUAAGAGAUUUUGGUCCAACCGACUGGCAGCUGGCCUGCUUGGUUUGCAAAACUUUAUGGAACUACAGUGAAAAUAUCACUAAUGCUUCAUCCUGCUUUGGACUUGAAGACACCAACACACUAUCAGUCCUGUUGUCAUCAUUUUUAGAUGAAGAACUAGCACUGGAGGGCAAUUUUGACCAAGACCUAAGAAACUAUCACAAACUCCACUGGGAAACAGAAUUCAAACCUGUAGCACAGCAGCUUCUAAACCGAAUUCAGAAUCACCACACCUUCCUGGAACCCCUGCCUAUUCCUUCUUUUUAACAUGAUGCAGAUUAACAACAGAAACACCAUCUCUUCCUGACUCGCCUCUUCUUCAUCUCGGCAUUCCUGUAACUGCUUCAUCUUUUCCAUAAGAGCUUCGACCUCAAAGAAGGAAUCACUUACCUGAUGAGAAAAUAUAAUUAAUGUUAUCUAUGUCAGACACAAGAUGAAAUUUAUGAAUUUUCUCCUAAAUCUGUCACAUAGGGAUUUGUACUUAGAAUAUGGGAAAAAUAGUCCUUGUUAUAAUUUUAAUGUAAGUUAAUAAAUCAAAAACUGAAUUAUCUUGGCCUAUUAGGUAAACAGAUAUGCAGAUUUUUAAAUAUAAGAGAAAAAUUAUUUUAGAAACACACUCCAAUGCUUUUACCUUGUAAAAUUAGUAAUAAAGCCAUUCAUUGUUUACACUGUUUAAAAAUUAAAAUUUAGUACUAUUUGUCAAUUUAAAACAAUAUUUGAAAAGUAACUUCUACUUGCUCAAUCAGUUAAA